AGUGACAUCUACCCAAAGUAGUGGCACGUUAUUACACAGAAAAUAAAUGCUUGCAUUUCAGUUCACUGUCAGACAACUGGGUAGAGAGGAAUUGCAACUGUAAUAUGACUUAACAGUGUGAAAGUAAAUUGAAUAAAUUAAGUUAUAUGUAGAAUCAUCAAGCUUGGAUUGUAACAUUCUGGUCACCUGUAACCUCCUUAUCUCUCUCCCUGUGCUUUCUUCACACCAGUGGCCUUGUAUGGCAUAAGCGCUGUAUAUUUUGCUGGUGUGAUGGUGCGUUUGAUGCUGACUCUGACUCCGGUGGUGUGUAUGCUGUCAGCUGUGGCUUUCUCCAGUGUCUUUGAACACUACCUUGGUGACGAUAUGAAGAGGCAGAGCCCACCUGCAGAGGAUAGCAGCGACGAGGACGACAGGAAGAACGCUAGCAACCUCUAUGACAAGGCUGGUAAGGUGUGUAAACAUGUAUCAGAGCAGGAGAAGGCCGAGGAGGGCCUGGGCCCCAACAUCAAGUCCAUAGUCACCAUGCUGAUGUUAAUGCUGCUCAUGAUGUUUGCUGUCCACUGCACCUGGGUCACUAGCAAUGCCUACUCCAGCCCCAGUGUAGUACUGGCAUCUUACAACCAUGAUGGUUCCCGUAAUAUCCUGGAUGACUUCAGGGAGGCCUACUAUUGGCUGAGGCAGAACACAGAUGAGCAUGCCAAGGUGAUGUCCUGGUGGGACUACGGCUACCAGAUAGCAGGCAUGGCAAACAGAACCACGCUGGUUGACAACAACACAUGGAACAACAGUCAUAUAGCGCUGGUGAGAGCUACUGUAUCUUGA